CAUCAUGCGGCAGUUCCCCCCAGACUUCAGGGAGCAGGAGGCCAUGCAGAUGGUGCCCAAAUUCUGCUUCCCUUUCGAUGUGGAGAGGGAGCCACCCAGCCCCGCUGUCCAGCACUUUACCUUCACCCUCACGGACCUGGUGGGCAACCGCAGGUUUGGGUUCUGCCGUCUGCGAGCCGGGGCCCAGAGCUGCUUGUGCGUCCUCAGUCACCUUCCUUGGUUUGAAAUCUUCUACAAGCUGCUCAACAACGUGGGGGACCUCCUGGCCCAGGGCCAAAUCUCAGAAGUCGAUGAAUUGCUUCUAAACCUCCUGCAGCAGCCCCUGCCCGGACCCCAGACCUCAGUGGGGUUGGAACUGGGCAGCGGACUGACCAUCUCCAGUGCACACAGCAUCCCAACCACCACCCCCAGGAACGACAGGCCGCUUUCCUGCUUCGUGGCCCCUGAUUCCGGCCGCCUGCCCUCCAUCCCUGAGAAUAGGAACCUAACGGAGCUGGUGGUGGCGGUGACCGACGUGAACAUCGUGGGGCUGUUCGCUGCGCUCCUGGCUGAACGGAGAGUCCUGCUCACCUCCAGCAAGCUCAGCACCCUGACCUCGUGCGUCCACGCAUCCUGUGCCCUGCUGUACCCCAUGCGCUGGGAGCAUGUUCUGAUCCCGACGCUGCCCCCGCACCUGCUGGACUACUGCUGCGCGCCCAUGCCCUACCUCAUCGGAGUGCACGCCAGUCUCGCGGAGAGAGUACGCGACCAGGGCCUGGAGGACGUCGUGCUGAUGAACGUGGACUCCAAUACCUUGGAGACGCCCUUCGACGACGUGCAGGCGCUGCCCCCGGACGUGGUGUCCCUGCUGAGGCUCCGGCUAAGGAAAGUCGCCCUGGCCCCCGGAGAAGGGGUGUCCCGUCUCUUCCUGAAAGCCCAAGCCCUGCUUUUCGGGGGCUACCGUGACGCGCUGGUCUGCAGCCCGGGCCAGCCCGUGACCUUCAGUGAGGAAGCCUUUUUGGCUCAGAAGCCCGGGGCGCCCCUGCAGGACUUCCACCGGCGGGCCGUGCACCUGCAGCUAUUCAAACAGUUUAUCGAGGGCCGGCUAGAGAAGCUCAAUGCCGGAGAGGGCUUCUCCGAUCUCUUUGAGCAGGAAAUCACCUGCAAUGAAGCCUCCUCAGGCACGCUGCGCUCCUACCAGCUCUGGGCCGACCACCUUAAGAAAGGUGGGGGUGCCCUCCUACACUCCGUCAAGGCUAAGACCCAACCAGCCAUGAAGAACAUGUACCGAUCGGCCAAGAGUGGCUUGAAGGGGAUGCAGAGCCUUCUGAUGUACAAGGAUGGGGACUCUGGCCUGCUAAGGGGAGGCUCCCUGAGGGUCCCGAGCCUUGCCAGCCGCUCAGACCGUCUACAGCAGCGCCUGCCCAUCACCCAGCAUUUUGGACAGAACCGGCCCUUGCGCCCUAGCCGGAGACACAGGCUGAAAGAAGAAACUUCUGAGCCUCCAGGGAUGCCCCCUCUGAGCCCUGAGGGCAGUGAGGGGUCAUGGGCAGAGGAAGCCCUGGACAGCAGCUUCUUGGGGUCCGGAGAAGAACUGGAUUUGCUGAGUGAGAUCCUGGACAGUCUGAAUGUGGGGGUCAAGAGUACAGGGAGUCUGCGGCCCAGCCAGAGCCUGGACUGUUGUCACAGAGGGGACUCGGACAGUGGCUUUAGCCUGCUUGAAGUGUCAGGAGGACCAAGAUGGCACCCAGAGGAGGAGAAGCUACCAGAACACCAACCCCUUUCCCUGCCCACCGACCUGCCAUCUCACCAAUGCCCCCAGGCCUUGGAUGCCUCAAAAGGCAUGAAGACCCUCCAUUCCCAGCUGCCCGCUGAGGCUAGCCCAGCUGCCCUUCCUCCACCACAGUCCUCACCUGCCUCUGCAGACCCAAGCUGCCGGGGGACCCCAGAAUCCUCUCCUCCCCCCAAGCUCUCCCCCCUUAUCCUACAUCUCUCCCCUCCACACAAGGCAGCCGAAGAAUCUGGAGUCUGGGAAAGCCAGGAGCGAGGGCUCUCCACCAUGCCCACCCCUCCAGAAAGCCCUCCACCUCCGCCCUCCCCAGAGCCCAACCUUGAUACUACCUGGAUGCCCCAACCCCAGACUGUUUCCUCAAAUCCCAGUUCUCUGGAUGGCCCCCGAGAUCAGCCUUCCCAGGGGCUGCUGGUGGAGCAGGCUCCUCUCCAGCCCCUCAUAGAGCCAGGAGCCCCCAGGACCCAGCCCCAGGCCAGGAGCCAACCCCGAGUCUCAGAGCUAAAGAAAUGCUUUGAGGGUUAAGGUUCAAGGGUCUGGCCCUCAAUAAAGGCACCUAAAGCUAGAA